UCAACGGUUCACAUGGGAAUAAACUUGAUGAAUACAUCCUGAAAAUGGCUUUGGGGAUAAUGACAGUAUAUGGAUGUGAUUGGACGGAGGAGCAGAUAUAUAAAGUGUUUGAGGACCUACGUGGAUCUGUUUGGGCCUACAACUACGUCCAUUCACUGAGCGGAUUUGGGAUUACCCAUCGAGGACUCGAAAAGAUAGGAGAGAACAAGGCCAGUUUCUUCGGUAAAAUUAUCCAGUCAGGUUCCCAUCUGAAGUCCAUCCAGAUGAUCCUUAAUAAGACAGCAGACGGUACAGGCAUCAACUCCAACACCCUGGCCUUACAGAUGAAGGCCCAUCCUGAGCUGAGGGACAAGCUUCAUGUCGUCACCUCUUGGGGGCCUUUGCCUGUCUACCCUGGGGUGGCCAACUCAGAAUUACCUGAGGAAGUACGGUACCUGUCCUCACGGAGGCUACGGUCUCGGACUGGACGAUUCUUGACCUGGAUCCUAAACCGCAUGCAUAUCAGGGACGUCUGCUUUUACCCACGCUUCAUAAAACGAUGCAUGCCAUAGAUGCGUCAACAUGUCGCCUUCAAUUCUUGAUUCUAAGCAUUGCUUAAUAUUUAGUGUGGGAAAUCAAGAUAAAUAAGGGGUGGGGCUAGGUUGAUCAAGUGGGGGGGGGGGUUUGAUUGUAUGCCCUAAGACCAAAUUUCUAGAGAUAAUUAUGCCAUUGUAUUGUAAGGUAUUUCUUCAAGGUGCAGUUUUAAACUUUCUUCACAGUUCGCUCUUUUAGUUUCAAGUAGUUUUGGGUUUUUUUAACCAAAACUCAUAACAAAUUGCAAGGGUUCAACCUAACAUUUCUUAUGAAAUUUGGCCGAAACAGGACUUGCCUCCAAAUGACUCGGCAAUGCCCUACGAUGUAAGAUGAGUUUCAAUCAGUGUUCAAAAAUCCAUUUUUAUGAAGAUUUGAGCAAAAAUUACCGGUUUAUUGAUUGGAAAGAAGUUAUCUUUUGUGACCGCAAUUUCUCCCACAUUUUUGAUGUGAUUAUCUGUUGGAUGGAAUAUCUGACCAGAAAUCGUGUUGGAAUUGGGCCUCAAGUACUUUAGCCCCCCCCCCCCCCAAAAAAGGCUCCAGUUUCUGGUAUGCGCGCGCGUCACUGUAGCCAUGCGCGACAGCCAACUUAAAAAGUGUUUUCAUUGUAAGAUUAUGUCUCAAAACCGCCCAACUCACUGGUUUGACUGAAAUCCUGCUGCUACACAAGUUUAAUGUGUU